UUACAUGUCAGGGAAGAGACGAAAGCAAAGUCCCGCGUCUGCUAUUAUUGUGUGUUUUGUGUACUUUGCACCGUGCAUUUUUAUUUCCCAAGUGUUACAAUUCGUGUUAAUCGAUGAUGGAACUUCCCCAACCUCCGCCAGAUCAGGAACUUAAAAACAUUAUAGACAAACUUGCACAGUUUGUGGCUCGCAAUGGACCUGAGUUUGAGCAGAUGACCAAGACUAAACAGAAAGAAAACCCAAAGUUUAGCUUUCUGUUUGGUGGAGAAUACUUUAACUAUUACCAAUACAAAGUUACAACAGAACAAGCAAUGCUGGUGAUUUUUCAUUCUACUGAAGGAAAAGUACUGAAGCAUCGUCAAGCCCGGGAACAGCAACAGCAGCAGCAGCAGCCUCCCCAGCCGCAGCAGCCACAGCAGCCAGCCUUGCACCAGGUUCCCCCUCCACCUCAGGCACCAUUUUCAGGUGGAGGUGCUCCUGCCCCUUUCCCAGGCCCAAACUACCCUCCUGCCUAUGGCUAUCCUCCAACCUCCGCAUACCCUGGUGGAGACGUGCCACCCUUCCCUCAGGGAGCGGUCCCCCCGGCCGGCUUUACUCCCGGACAGUAUGUUCCUCCACCUCCCUCCAGUGAACCACCCACCUCCUUCCCCCCUGUAACGACCACCUUCCCCCCAGGAGACCCAAGCUAUGCAACCUCUACAUCCUAUGCCCCAACCACCACCUCUGAGCCUUUGUUCUCACACACUCCUCAGUCAUUCCCUCCACCUCCUCCUGGGGAUGCUACCUACACUGCCCCACAGGCGGGCGAGCCUGGUGCAUUUACCAACAAUGCGCCAGGGUAUGUGCAGCAACCACCACCACCUCCACCUCCAACUGUAAAUGUUGACACCUUAGCCAAUCAACAGCAACAGCUACAGGAGCAGAUACACCAAAGUGAACAGAACCUGGCUGCACAACAACAGGUCCUGGAGCAGCAGAAAGAUGGCCAAGUCAGGGAGGGUAUAUAUGUGGCCAGAGGGGAAGUUUUGCGCAACGAGGCGGCCGAUCUGGGUUUUUCGACGCAUGAGCUUGAUGAACUUUUGGGGCCCAUUGUUGAGUCGUGCACCAAAGACUCAAUCUCCAAUGGCAAGCACUGGAUCUUCACCAAUGCACAGUCGCCCACCAAGAAUCACUGGAUUGCACGAUAUCUGCUCUGGAAAGCAACAGCCAACAGUGGUCCAUUUACUCACAAACUUCACAUCAUUUACUUGAUGAAUGAUGUCUUGCAUCACUGUGUAAGGAAAAAUGCAGAUGACCUGAAGGAGGCACUUGAAAAGGUUUUAGCCCCCAUGUUCUGCAAUGCAAUGACAGUAGCCUCCGACGACCAGAAAUCCAAACUGGACAAGCUACUGUCGCUAUGGGAAUCCAAGAUCAACUUAGAAGAUGUUGUCCUAUUACAACUGAAAAAUCCCGUGGAAUCAUGGGGAGCAUUCGAGAAGGGAUUGAUUGAUGAGUUCCCGCAAGUAGUUGCAACUAUCAACCAACAUAUAGAUGCUACUUUUGAAGGGUAUAAACAGCAGCAUAAUGCAUUUGUCCAGCAUGCAACAGGACAGAUUCAGGCUAUUGAACAACAGAAACAGCAACUGGAACAACAGGCAGCAGCAGCUGCAGCAGCCGCAGCAGCAGCAGCGGCGGCGGCAGCAGCUGCAGCAGCAGCAGCUGCUCAAGGGGGUGGCUACGCUGGUGCCCCUCCCCCCCAGCCACAGUUUCCUCCCCCUGCCCCGCCCAUGCCCUCUGCGCUGGACUUCAAUCAGCCUCCACCGGGCUUUCCUCCUGGUUUGCCGCUUGUCGACUUCAGCAAACCUCCCCCAGGAUUUCCUGUUGAAGAGCAGAAGGAAAAUUUGGUCCCCACGGUGCCAUAUUAUGAGCUGCCAGCAGGGCUCAUGGCCCCUCUGGUCAAGAUUGAAGACCACAAGUAUCGGCCACUCGAUCCUAAUGACCUGAGGCUCCCCCCACCCACACCACCCAGUGAGAGGUUGCUGAGAGCGGUAGAGAAUUUCUAUGCUCCACCUUCACACGAAAAACCACGAAAUAGUGAGGGUUGGGAGCAGCUAGGUUUGUACGACUACUACAAAGAAAAGAGUCAGUCAGUGAAACGGAAAGAGACAGAAAUUAAUGAUGGAAUCCGGGAACGCUCGCGCUCCCCCUCUCCUGUCGUCAUUGAGCCACCGCCAGAGGAAGAUGAGAAGCCAUCCGAUCAGCCAGUCAGGAGAUACAGAUCGGUGAGUCCAGAGAAAGUUGAGGAGAAAGUCAAGUCAUCCUCCCGAUCUCGCUCGAGCAGCAAGAGCCCAUCCCGCCCAAGCAUGAACAAGCAGCGGUCCAGAUCCAGGUCACGGUCAAGAACUCCGCCAAGGUCAAGACAUAGGUCACGGUCGAAGUCGCCUCGCAGGUCCAACUCAGACUCCAGGUCACCCAGAAGAAACAGUAGGUCAAGGUCAAGAUCCAGGUCCAAAUCACCAAGGUCGCCUGUGAGAAUUCCGUUUAAACGAUCCGUCUCGAGAAGUCCAAGCCCCCCGUCAUUUAUGACGGGAUCAUUCCCCAAGAUGGACCAGAGGCUCGACGAGAGCAACAAGGGCCACCAGAUGCUAAAGAAGAUGGGUUGGGGCGGCUCAGGUCUGGGGGUCAAGGAGCAGGGCAUCAGCGUCCCCGUGUCGGCGGCGGAAGUGCGGGAUUCGCCACAGGAGAGAUUCCGUGGCUUAGGGGUGCCUUCCGCCCAGAGUGACCCUUACGAAGCGUUCAGGAAGAAUAAAGGACAGGCAUUUAUUAAUCGGAUGAAGGCAAGAGCCGAGGAAAAGUUUUAGAGAAAGUUAUUUUUUACUUUUUUUUUUUUUACUUUUUUCUUUUUUCUUUUUCUUUUUUUUUUUUCUUGUGUGUGUGUGUACAUACAUAUAUGUGAUGAUAGAGAGAGUUGUCACAGAAUAUUUAUACCAAUUUGAAUAUUGUAAAGAAUUGAGAGUGAGGGCAGUAGUCUGAAUGAAAAGAAUGGUGAGGGACUUUGACAGAUCUACAGGAAUCGUGAGUUAUUAUAGGUUCUUUAAAAGUGAAUGCUAUUUCCGUUAUUUCCAUUUGAAAUGCGCACAGUAAGGAAAACUUUAACAUUGUCAGGUAGUGAAUUAUUCACAAGGAAGUAGAUUAUUAAACAUUCAGAAACGAUAUUAACACUUCAUCAGUGUCUUUAGAUUCAAACAAUUUAGGCCUGUGGAAGAAAACCAUAAUCUUUAUUUUUGGUUUGUUCUUGAUUAUCAUAAAUUAAGUUCAGCUUUUGAUUAGGUAGAGUAAUAGGCAAUUGUAGAAUAUGGUUAUAACAACUUGUUCUUCAGAUAUUGAACACAUGAUGGAAUUUUACAGGACAUUUGCUGCAGAUAACCUAUAUUCUUUAAGCAUAUUCUUUGGUCUGUUGAUUACAAGACUUAUGUAGAUCAGUCAUUGUUCUGGUGAAAUAAAAGUAAUUGCUGUCGA